UAUUUUGCUGCUUUUCUAUUUGUCAGCUGCUAGUCCACAGCUACAUACAAUAGUACACGUGCAGUCAUCACAUUUGGUCACGUGCAGGGACUUUCCCUCAUGACUAAUUAGCACCAAUCAAACACACAAAAGAGUAAUUGCCUGCACCAUUUCGCAUUCGUGCUCGCGAUCGUCCAAUCAGACGUCUCCACGCCAGCGGCUGCAACACAUGUAGCAAGCAUGUAACACUCAUAAAUAUCCACUAUCCCGUAUAACACCCGUCUGGAACACUCCAGAACACUUGCAAUGGCCAGGCUUCUGCAUUCGCUGCUGAUCGCCGCUUCUAUAGCAUUAGCAGUCUCCAGAUACGCGCACAUACAUCGUGCACAUCUGGAGGAAGGUCACCACGUGGACGGCAAACACAACGUCGAGUUCGAUCAUGAGGCAUUCCUGGGAAAAGAAGAAGCCAAGAAACUCAGCGACUUGACACAGGAAGAAGCCAAAGAGAAGCUGAGAGAUAUUGUGAAGAAGAUCGACAAAGACAGUGAUGGGUUUGUGACAGUGGAGGAGCUCUCUGAUUGGGUGAAUUAUGUUCAUGACAAAUUUGUUUGGGAUGACACGAAGAGGAGGUGGGCAGAAUAUGAUGGAGACGGGGAUGGAAAGUUGACAUGGCCUGAAUACUUGAGGAGGGGUUAUGGAUCAGAUCCCGAGGAAAAACUUGCAGAACGGCCAAACUACAAAGUUGGACUAAAGUAUGACAAGCGACGAUGGGAGGUCGCUGAUGCUAAUGGAGACAAAGUUCUUGUGAUUGAGGAAUAUUUUACUUUUGUUCAUCCUGAAGAAACAAAUGAAACGAAACACAUUUAUGUAGAGGAGAUUUUUGAGACGAUGGACAAGGACAAAGACGGAUUUGUAUCUCUUGAAGAAUAUAUUGAGGAUCUGUAUCCGUCUGAUCAGAGAGAAGGCAACGAUGAACCAGAUUGGGUCAAAGCUGAACGCGAAAGUUUUACCGAAUCUCGAGACGUGAACAAGAAUGGAAAGCUGGACAAGGAAGAAUUAAUGGAAAUGCUGGCACCUGAUAACUAUAAUCAAGGUGAUGCAGAAUCUCGUCAUCUAAUCUUUGAAGCAGAUAGUGACAAGGAUAACAAAUUGAGUGAGAGUGAAAUCAUUGAAAAGUAUGACCUAUUUGUGGGAAGUCAAGCGACCGAAUUUGGUGAAGCUCUCACAUGGCGUGAUGAACUGUAGAAGUUGUUUUUCUCUCUAGCUUGACUUGAUUGCUUGACGUCGAUCUCGUUUUACAUCUUCUCUGCUUCUAUUUCUUUGAGUUACAGACAGUGAGAGCAUGAAAAUUAUGAAUCCUUUCCUCUGAUAAACUACUGAAAAGUUUAGAAUCUAUAGAACAAGCUGCAUGUGUCAAACAAUGUCUGUGUAAUAAGAGCACGCAUUGCAUGAUCAAUGUCAAC